AUGUUGUACACAUCGUUGUCGGCACCGAUUGCCUAUGCGUCUAGCCUCGCCACGGCAAUCUCGUCUUCCUCUUCCUACGUCAACACCCAAGACACAUUUGCAGCCUCGCUCAGUGAUGCUGCCCAUGUCUACUACUCCGGGUCGGCAGGAUUUGCCAAUGCAACUCUACGGUGGGGUGCUGCGCAGACCCCACAGUACGACAUGGUAGUCAAGGUUGCGACCGAAGCCGAUGUGCAAGAGGCUAUCAAAUACGCCAAUGCCAACAACAAAUCCUUCCAUGCCAUUUCGGGCGCGCAUGGCACGACGACCUAUCUCAACAAUAUUGAGCAUGCGGUCGGCAUCUUGAUGCGUGGCAUGGAUGGCAUUUCCAUCGCCGAUGGUGGCGGCAGUGCUCUGAUUCAAGGCGGCAUCCUUAACGGCCGCGUGACUGAUUUCCUGUGGGCCCACGACAAGCAAACCAUGAGCACCGUCUGUGCCUGUGUCGGCUACAUCUCCCCUAUCCUCGGUGGCGGACAUGGCUGGAACCAGGGUCGUUAUGGGCUCGCAUCUGACCAGCUCAUUUCCGCGCGUAUGGUCCUCGCCAAUGGCACAGCCAUCACCGUGAACCAGGACACCAAUCCCGAAUUGUUCUGGGCGAUUCGUGGUGCUGGCCACAACUUUGGCAUCGUGACGCAGGCGGAGAUCAAAAUCUAUGACCGGAAACCGAGCCUCGAUCAGUGGGCCGUCAGUGGCUUCUUCUUCACCCAUGACAAGAUGGAGCAGGUCACGGCCAUUGCAAACAGCUGGCUGCAAAGCGCCGACAGACCUGUUGAGCUGGAACAUAAUAUCGUCUUUGCCUUCAAUCCAAAGGUCGACCCCGUCCAUCCGCUUGUCAUGAUGUGGAUAGUUUACCAAGGCGCCACCAUCCCCGCCCAAUAUACCGAUCCCUUCUCGGCGCUGUCCCCCAUAUCCACCGACUCUGGCGUAACAGACCUCGCAGGAGUGAGCAAAUACAUUGGUGCGGAUCGGGACGGGCCAGCGUGUGAAAAGGGCUUUUCUCGCUCCCUAGCUCCCGUGUCAGCAGACACAUACGAUGCGCCCUCGCUACGUAAGGUUCUCAGCAUCAUGACCACCUUCCCGUCCGAGUUCCGGGGCUCCAACGUGCUCCUCGAAAGUUACUCGACCAACCGAGUCGGUCAGAUCCCGAGUGAUAGCACCGCCUACCCCGACCGAGAUGGGCAACUUUUGUUUUCACCAUCCAUGGCCUAUGACAAGGACCCCGGUCUCGAUGCUGUAGCAUGGGACUACGCAGGAAAGAUACGCGAUGCCAUGAUUGAGGGGACGGGCAAGCUGCACGAGGCUUAUGUCAACUAUGCGAGAGGGGAUGAGUCGACCGAGCAGAUGUAUGGGUACGAAGAAUGGAGGUUGGAGAAACUGAGAAUGCUCAAGGCAGAGUACGAUCCGCAUGGGCGGUUCAACUUUUUUGCCCCCAUCCUCUGA